UUACGUUUAGGCACAUAGCCCAAAAGAUCAACUGGGCCACAUCAGCUCCUUUGCUUGUUCCCUCCCAUUUCCCGCUACUGCGACCAGUCCAUCUUCAACUCUCUGCUCGUAAAUCAAUGCCGUUUUCUCAGCUAAAAUUUUGGUAAAAGAUAGUUAUUCCCUGAAAUCCUCGAUUGCUAACGUGACAUCCGUCAUCCAUCAUCAAUCAUCAUCAAUUUAUCUGAUUGGCUGGGAUAGAACACUGCUUAUAAACUAACGACCAGAAGACUAUAUUUGAAGUACAUGUUGGUUUCUAGGAGCAUCAGCAUGUGGUCUUUGCCCGCUAUAGGGUGUUGGUACCCUUGUGCAUUUGCUCGGUUUAGAGUUUUUUGUGCUUCUAGUCAGCUACCUUUGCCUCCCAAAGACGAAACCCUGAGAACAAUUCACAAUUCUGGAGUCAUUGCUUGCCUUCGCGCUAGCAGUGCAGAGCUGGCAAUGAGUGCUGCUUGUGCUGCGCUAAAUGGUGGAAUAUCAGUUCUGGAGAUUGUCAUGUCGACGCCGGGUGUGCUUGAGGUUCUACAACAGUUGCUGCAAGACUAUCCUACAAAAACAUUGGGAGUUGGGACAGUUCUUAAUAUUAAGGAUGCAAAGAAUGCUGUAAAAGCUGGAGCCAAGUUUCUAAUGAGUCCUACUAUGGUAAAGGGUAUCAUCAUGGGUGAUAUUGAAGGCGAAUUCUUAUAUAUACCUGGUGUGAUGACCCCGACAGAAGUGCUGACUGCAUAUGAAUCUGGCUCUGAGAUUGUUAAAGUGUAUCCAGUUUCUGCAUUGGGUGGUAUUAAAUAUAUAUCAGCCCUCAAGAAGCCAUUUCCGCAUAUCUCAAUGGUUGCUUCUCAGGGCAUAACUAUUGAGUCUACUGGGGAUUAUAUUAGACAAGGAGCAUCUUCGGUAGUUUUAUCAGAUGCAAUAUUUAAUAAAGAGUUUAUGGAUAAAAAAAACUUCGAUGGAAUAUUUCAACUUUCUAAGUUGGCUGCAUCCCAGGCGAUGGAAGCUUUAGAAUGCCCACUCAUUCCGAGAGAACAACCGUUUUAAAUUUUUAAGCUUUGAAUGGGAGUUCAGAACCUUAGACCUUGCCCUUUACCAAAUCAGAACCCCUGGGAUGCCUUUCACUUCAAAUUUGGUGCAUAAUUAGCAAAUAGUCUUCAAAGACUUCGACUGUUUUAUGCACUAUUACAGGAAGCAGCGGUCUUCGUUUACAGAAUCAUGUCACUAGUGGCCCAAUUACCCUUUGGCUUCAAGCAGGUUCAGAUGUAUUACUGAAGCUUUCACUCUUGCAAGGGUGAACAAUCAAGGGCUCAACUGGAUGGAGUGCCGAUGAGUUGACGAUACAAAUGUGUAAGAUGUAACUCAAGCUAGGAGCAUCAAAGUGGGUGGAGGUUAGUUUGCCCUAUUCAUAGGAUUCUUAAAAGAUGGUUAAAGUAAAAAAUGACUCAUUGUAUAAGAGUAAAACUGAUCGAUCUUAAAGUAGUUGAAAUCACUUUUUUUUUAUCGUACAUACAUGUUUUUUUUUUUACAAAAGUGAUUUUAAUCGGUUAAAAUUGCUCUUUAAACUUCUAAAAUAAAUUCCCUUCUCCCAAGUUUUGAGAUUAAAUAAUUUGGACACGUCAUUGUUAAUUUGUUUAAUCUAUGAGUUCACAUCACUAUCGAGAAAAAUUAUCAAUUUUGUAUUUAUUAAUUAUAUAGCUAUUAACUUGUAAUUGACGUAGUUCUUGAAAUUGUCUUUUGUUAUUUUUGUGAUAUUACGUCUAAAAGAUCGGCCAAAUUUUUAAAUGAGGAAAUUAGUAAAGCAAUUGCGAAGUAAUUUUUAUUUUGGGGAAAAAGUGAAGAAAUUGAUUUACGUUAUUUGUGCUAUGAAGCAAUCGUCAUUUUGGCACCUCACCUUUUGACUAUUCUUAAUUUUCUUUUACUCAAUUAAGAUUUUUUUAGGUUUCUUUAAUUUUAAGUUAAAUUAUAAGUUUAGUUCUAUGUUUUUAUCUUUUAAGUUAAAACUCUUAAUUUUGUAUCUCUAGGUUAUUGAUAUAAUGAACUAAGAGGCUUUUAGACAAUGAAUUGAAUUUUUAUCCACAUAGAUCUCUAGGUUAUUGAUAUAAUGAACUAAGAGGCUUUUAGACAAUGAAUUGAAUUUUUAUCCACAUAGAUUUCAAGGUCGUGUUUGGUCUGUGUUCUUGAAGCAAAAUUUUGAAGACAGAAAGUAUAUUUAAAGAUAUGUUUAUUUAUAAUCGUUAUAAAUAUAACAAUUGAUCUUGAAGACCGAUCUAUUAUGGAUAAACUUUGUUAGGUUUGUAAAUUUUUUUUAAAAAAAUUGUUACCAUCUUGUUUGUUUUUUUAAAGUAAGCUUAUAAUACUAUUUCUCUCUAAUUUUUUUUGUUAUUUACAUUCUAAAAUCUAAGCUAAAAUAUUUGAAAACUAAUAAAAUUAGCUUUUGUUUAUGAAAUUUGACUAAUAACUCUUCCAUUCACGUAAGAAUUGAGGAUGAAAUAGGCAAAAAAAACAAAAAAACAAAAAAUCAUUUAGGUAUCAUCUUAUAAUCAGUUUUAUAACAAAAUUUAUUUACACAUUUCAACUUAAAAAAACAAAAUUGAAAAGUAAUUUUGCAUUUUAAAUUUCAAACAUAUGCAACGAAAAAUAAAUUAAAUAUGAAGUAGGUGAUGUGACAUGCCAACCCAUUGCUUCAAAGACUUAAAAAGUUCAACAUAUAUAAUUUUAUUUUCCCUAAUUUUCUAAACCAUCAAAAUUUUAUAUGAGAGAAAAAGGGAUUAAAAGUGAUUGAAAAUAUUUAAUUAGAACUUCUAAAUGAAUAUUGAAAUAAAGUAUUAGUUUGAGUCUUCAUUGGAACAUCCAAAGGCGCAUUAGAAGGGCAGAUUGGUCGGCUCAGAUUCUUACACUCCCCUUCCAACUCGGAACCUUCCAGACUUCUCUUUCCCCUUCAUUUUUUUAAUUCUAAUCGUUCUUAUCGUAUUUUAAACAACCCGUAAACAUUUGUUAAGAUAUUGGACGUUUCGAUAUUGAGUAAAAUGGAUAUUGCUUAACUUGCA